AUGGUACCGCGACCCGGGAGUACUACUUCGAAUGACGGGCCAACGAUCCAAGAGGCAUCGGAGGCAGGUGCGCAGUCGGCUGGAAGGUCGCCGACCGCAAGAGAGCACAGUGAGAGACCUGUCGCGUCGUGGAGCUCUGAGGGAACCUUCACGACAGGCCACGGGGCCAGCGACGACCAAGAGGGCUACGAAGAACAGUUUGCCGUUCCCGAUGCGGCUCCCGACGAGGGAGCCGCGAAGGGCCGCGACGCAAGUCGCGGUCCUACCGGUCGGAAACCUGCAAAGGCCGACGACCAACAACAACCCACCGCCAAGGCAGCCACGAAGCGCAAGUCGCCCAAGAGGACGAAGAAGAAGCUGCGCGCGCCGGACUCGGCGGAGGAGUCGCUGUCCAAGCCGCAAGGCAAGGACGCGGGGCGCCAGUACACCGUCGAAGAGGUGCGUCUCACCAGCGUCGCCCACGCCGCGCCGACUCUCUUCCAGACGCUGCGUGACUCGGGGUUCGUGCUGGGGGCUUUCGAGAUGGAGAGGCUGUGCGAUUGGGACCUCAAAUCUUGGUUACGUGCGAUUCGCGUCGUGCAGGAGCCCUUGACGAUUCUCGCCGGAUCCGUCAAACAAGACGCGACGAGUUCCGCGACGGGCCAAGACGCGCCGAGCCCCUCGGCGGGUCCAGCCCAGACUUCGACGACCACUCCCUCGCCUCCACCUCGAUACCAAUCGAGCGUGGACUCCGACAGCAGUUUCGAGUCGCCCAAGCGCAUGCCCAUGAACCGGCCGCCGCGCGUCAUGCAGCUAUCCGCGGCGCCCACACGCACAGACCCGCCGAGGAGGCUGAUGCAGACGACAGUGAUGAACACCCCGCGCGCCGACACGGCCGCAAUUCCGACGGGGCCGAAGCCGCCCUCGAAUCCCACACCCACGGUGGCUCGCCCCCAGGAGGCAGCGGAUGUCGCCAUGGAGUCGGUCAGUUCGCGUUCUUCGACGAGGUCCAGAACUCGACGCGACGCGGACGAGGGCCCCGAUGACCUGUUCGACUUGGACAUCGAAGUGCCAAGAACCGCGGCCGCCGUCUCGACGGCGACAGCCGGCGGCGUAGCCCUCGCCCGCGUACGCCUCUCAGCAUCUUCCGAGCUGAAACAAUUCUCAGGACGGGACGCCAGCGAAGAGAAAGCCAGACUGUGGCUCAACCGUCUGAAGUCCGCCGUGCGGCGCGACGGGAUGACGGGCGAAGAAGUGUGCGGGCAGUUCAGCGAUCUAAUGAGCGGCCCUGCGCGCCAAUGGUAUCUCCAGUUGCCCAGGAAGGUCAAGAAAUCAUGGACCGAGCUGAUGGAGCAAUUCCGGGUGCAGUACUGCGGCAAGGGCGUGUCAAUGGCCAGUCGCUACUACCAUGCGGCUCAGCGCCCCGACGAGACCCCUCUGGAUUACUUGUACCGGCUCAACGUCGCGGACAUGAGGGCCAACAUCCCAUACGCCGAGGGCACGACUGAAGAGAAGCGCGAACACGUCGAGCAUUUCAUCCGGACGCUGAACACACAGGAGGCCGAACUCGCCUCGCGUCUCACGCUGAUGGAGGUCGCCGACUCCGAGGCGCUGGAGAAGAAGCUGCGUGCCCGACAACGUGGAUUGGCUCACCAGAAAAAGACUCUCUUCGGCUCGAACAAGUUCCGCCAAAAGGCGCCGACCCCGCCGACUCAGCCGGCGCGCGCCGUGCAUGCGAUUCACGUCGCGUCGGACGAGUACGACUCGGAACGCGAAAGUCGCGACAGCGACGAUCGCCAGUACGACCAAGACGAGGCGGACGAAGAACGCGCCAAGUUGUUCGUCGCGGGACAGGCCCCACCGGGAGAGCCGGCGCGUCGCAACUUCGAUCCCGACGACUCGGGACGCGACCGCCCGCGGUGCCGCCACUGUGGUUCACGUCGCCAUGUCGAAAGAGACUGCUGA